AUGCCCUCUCAUAUGAAUGAUAGGUUCUUAUGGCUAUGCCUAGGUGUUUCUCUUUUCUUCGCUGUUCGCGGCAUAGUCACGGACCUCCGCCGAGUGCGAGACCUGACGGAGAUUAAGCAUGUCGAGAAGGAAGAUAAGAUGAUCAGUGAAGGCACGGAAGACGCCCUCAAACUGGACACAUUACUAAAGCUCUCUGAGAGCACAAGCUACGACCUCCGGGCAGCUGCUUUGCGUAUUAUCGCUGAAAGAUCUACAAAAGGAGAAACUCGAGAUUUGCUUUUGAGGGACCUUGUAAGCACAGACGAGGAGAGACGAAGCAAAGCCCUCAGUGCGAUGUACUUCCUAGUAUCGAACCGCUCAUUUUCCCGGACCUCCAUCUGUGCCAGACUGAAAGACCCGCCCACAUACAACGCUCUUGUCGACUGUCUCUGCAAUUUCCUAAACGAACAUACCAAGGAGACCUCCACCACAGUAUCGCCUAUUUUACCCAAAACUAGACCUCUCGGGGAGAAAAAGGCGCUUGGUACACUAAACCUAAUUCUUCCAGAGAAUGUGCCCGCAGCUCUGGAGGCUGGCGUGAUCAGUCGUUGGCUCUCAAAAUACCCGUUUCCCUGCGCGCUUUCGGAGCCAUCGCGCCGGCAAGACGUAGUGAUACUCAUGAAGACUUGGUGGGCCGAUGAUACUCUUAUGAGUUCAAUAUUUAGCACACUCUCGUCCCAUCCGGAGGGAACGAAGCAACUACGCAAAUAUGGUCUAAUGGGUAGCAUGAUCGAGGAAAACGACCAGGAUGACGAUGACAGUGAUAUAUGGAUGGUAGAUGGUGAUGAUACUGCCGGCUCAAGUCGAGUCCCUGGGAGACGCUUGCGGGAACGGAGUGCUGAGGAGCAGGCUGUGAGGAGACGAAGGAGAGAGGCUAUGGUGUUGAGUGAUGGAGGACGACCACUUGGUCAUGAAGAUAUCAUUCAACUGCCUAUCUCCGAAUGA